AAUCUCAAGAAGUCCAUGGAGAAGAUAGAUAGAUUUCGCUCUGUUCUUCACCAAACCAUGCAUCAUAAAAGCUGCCCUGAUCUAUAUACCCUCGUUGGAGACCAGUGCCUCUCGAUUUUCUACGUCGGCUGUGUGAACUGGGGCGAAGCUCGGGCUUUCUGUAAGGUCCUAGGCGGCGAUCUCUUGACGAUCAAGAACAUCACUCAGUUUGCAGACAUCGUCCAACACCUGCAGAGACUUGCGUUGCCAUCUAGCUUCUGGAUCGGGGGCUCAGUCCACAAUGACACUGUAGGGUGGACAUGGAUAGAUGGCUCCCCUAUGGAUAUGGGAUCUCCGUUCUGGGCUACAAGGUACGACCCAUUUUGCAUGACGAGGAAUGGCACAACGGCCAAAUCAGACGAAACCUGCGACCUCUACUACCAGAGUCCUAAGGCGGUGCCCUCGGGCGAAUGUGCCAGAAUCUCCUUCCAACACUCCUACUACAUCUCUGACGAAGACUGCCUGAGGAAGAUGAGUCCUCUGUGCGUCUAUCAGGGAACCGGUUUUCCCAAAACACCAAUGAAUUAAGAGCGAUUUCUCGAAUCCUGUGAAGGCGUCCUAGGAUCCUAAGGAAACGCCCAUGGACCCUAAAGACGCGUCUUUAGAUCCUUGGCACGUCCUCGUAUUCUAUGGGCACAGAACAGUUUAGAAUUUUCCUUCAAGGACAUAUUUUUUUUAUUCAUUUGAAAUGUAUAGAAUCGCCCUAAACUAGGA